AAUGGCUGGCUCCAUCCCGUCCAACGGGCAACGGUCACUCCAUCUCCACCAAAUGCGCUGCCUCUCUAUCCAAUUCUCUCUUUCACCCCAAUCUCCAUUCCAUUCCCAGUACUCAUCAUCAUCAUCAGCUAUAUAACCAACCGGUCUCUCCUUUUUCUACCCCCCGCCUCGCUCCCCUGUCCCCGUCAAUGGCGAUCUGAGACCGGGCUCGCAUACAUAUAUUUCACCCGAAUCUCGGGCAUUGAUUUGCCCUAGAACACUUUUUUCCCGCGUGCCUUGGAUCAACUUCCGUAUUCGAACUUGUAACCGUUCGUACCCAAUACGUUGUUGCAGAAGAAUGGCGGCAUUCGAUUCGCUUGACGACUUUUUGUUUUCUGCGAGCAGGGCCUGCUGUAGUCCCCUGGCUUUGUUCAUUCAGAUCCAGGGAUACAUGAUUUGCUUACUCCUUGCCAUUGGAUGGGCUUUAGCUGCUUAUGUAAGGAGAAGGGAGACUAGAAUGAUCAAGGAUAGAAUAAAACAAGGGAAUAGCUUUGCAUUUCUCUGUAAGGACAUCAACGAGCUUGAGCAUUCUAAUCAGAUCAACUUACCCAGAGUUUCAGUUGUUAUGCCGUUAAAAGGAUUUGGAGAGCACAAUCUACAGAAUUGGAGAAGUCAGAUUACAUCACUUUAUGGAGGUCCAUUGGAGUUUCUUUUUGUUGUCGAGAGUAUCAAAGACCCCGCUUACUGUGCCGUGCAGAAAUUACUCGCAGAUUUUCAGGAUGAGGUCGACACAAAGAUAAUUGUAGCAGGUCUGUCAACAACCUGUAGCCAGAAGAUUCACAAUCAAUUGGUUGGAGUGGAGAAAAUGCAUAAAGACACAAAGUAUGUCCUUUUCCUUGAUGAUGAUGCAAGGUUGCAUCCUGGUUCAAUUGGUGCACUUACCGUUGAGAUGGAAAAGAAUCCUGAGAUCUUCAUUCAAACAGGAUAUCCUCUUGAUUUGCCUUCUGGAAGUCUUGGGAGCUACUGCAUUUAUGAGUAUCACAUGCCCUGUUCGAUGGGAUUCGCUACUGGCGGGAAAACAUUCUUCUUGUGGGGAGGAUGCAUGAUGAUGCGUGCAGAUGAUUUUAGAACAGAUCGACAUGGUGUUGUUUCACAGCUUAGAGAUGGUGGAUACUCAGAUGAUAUGACACUUGCAGCUAUUGCUGGUGCUAAUAAGAGGCUCAUUACUUCACCACCGGUUGCAGUCUUUCCUCAUCCACUAGCAACUGAUCUAACCUUCCCAAGGUAUUGGAACUAUUUAAGGAAGCAAACAUUUGUCUUGGAGUCAUACACGACAAAAGUUAAUUGGAUUAUGAACCGUGCAUUAUUUUUUACCCACUGCUAUCUGUCAUGGGGAUUUGUUGCUCCAUAUUUCAUGGCUGGCUUUCAUGUUGCAGCAGCACUAAGACGGCACUUUAGAGGCUAUUCCUCUGAUGAAUCAGUUUCUACAUGCAAUGGUUUGCCGCUGGCUGUCUGCCUUGCUAUAUGCACAAUAAUUGAACUUCUUUCUAUGGGGAACUUGACAAGAAUAGAAGUUAAAUUGUGCAAUCUCCUUUCUCCGGAGGCACCUCGGUUAUCGCUCUAUUCUUAUAACUGGUGUCUUGUUUUUAUUGCAAUGCUGGUGGACAAUUUCUUAUACCCCAUCUCUGCAUUCCGUUCGUAUUUUUCCCAGUCCAUCAAUUGGUCCGGCAUUCGAUACCAUUUGCAUAAUGGGAAGAUAAGCAAGAUUGAAAGGCACCGGGACAUCGUUCCUAAAUACACUGAUUUGGGAGGAAAGAAGCUAAGAUGGAAGGGAGGUCCACAUAAGGUUUCUAUCAUUAGUUCUCUGUGCAGAAGUCUGGCAUGUUGGCAUCAGCCGAAGAAGUAUGAUACGUAGAUGUUUUAGAAACCAUUUUAUUCAUAUUAGGGCUUUGUACUCUGUACACCACAAGUUGUACACCUUAUGCGCCACACACAAAUGUCAGUUUUUGUUCUUAUACCCCCACAAGUUGUCUAUGCGGUGUUUGCAUGUGCAAACAUCACAUAGACACGACGAAUUUGUGAGAACAAAAAAGAAUGUUAUUUGUGUGUGGUAUGAGUUAAUGUGUACACACUUUUGGGGUGCAAAAAAGCAUUUCCCUUUAUAUUAUAAGUUCAUUUGCUCCCUUAGUCCCUCUUUUUUACAACACGUAAAAAGGGACCGAAGGAGAAAAUUCUUUUGGGGUUUACUACUCACCCUGGCUUCACUCACCACUCAUAUAGAGUGGGGUUAAGAGUGAUCCCUAUGUAUAAUUUGUUCUGCCUCCCAUUGAUUUUGGGCUGGUUGGGUUCCUGUAAUUUAUUUUCAUUUGUUCUUUUUAGUUAGCUCUUUAAUUUUCUCAAACAAUUUGUGAGUUGUGACUGACAUCUUAAUGGGAAAAUUUU